AUGGAGUCUUUGACGACGGAGAGCAACAACAAUGGCGAUGGAGGCUUCUUCUUGGCAAGCUGCCGGGAGCAUCUCUGCUCGGCGCUGGACAGGCUCAGGUGCACGGUCGUCGGGUUCGUCGGGAAGCUAGCCAAGAUCGCCCGCGACGACCCCCGGCGGGUGGCGCACUCGCUCAAGGUCGGGCUGGCGCUGACGCUGGUGUCCGUGUUUUACUACGUCACGCCGCUGUUCAAUGGCUGGGGAGACUCCGUCAUAUGGGCCGUGAUCACUGUCGUCGUCGUCAUGGAAUUCACAGUUGGGGGAACGCUGAGUAGAGGACUGAACAGAACUUUUGCGACGUUGGUAGCCGUCUUCCUCGCCGUCGGAGCUCAUAUGGUGGCGAACCUUUGUGGGGAAAAUGGAGAGCCGAUACUGCUCAGCGUGUUCGUCUUCUUAGUAGGGUCAGCAGCGACGUUUUCGCGGUUCAUCCCGGAGCUGAAGGCGAGGUACGACUACGGCGUGAUGAUUUUCAUACUGACCUUCACCAUGGUGGCUGUGUCGAGCUACCGCGUGGACGAGCUCCUGGAGUUCGCGCACGAGCGGGUCACCACCAUCGCCGUCGGCGUCGCCAUCUGCCUCUUCACCACCCUCUUCAUUUUCCCGAUCUGGGCCGGGGAGGACCUCCACAAGCUCGCCGCUGGCAGCCUCGACAAACUGGCGGAGUUCCUUGAAGGAAUGGAAUCUGAAUGCUUUAGGGAGAACUCUCCAUGUGAAAAUUUGGAAGGCAAAGCCUUUCUUCAGGUGUACAAGGCCGUCCACAAUUCGAAGGUCAGAGAAGAUUCUUUGUGCACCUUUGCUAAGUGGGAGCCUAUUCACGGGAAAUUCCGUUUCCGCCACCCGUGGAGCCAAUAUCAAAAGCUCGGCGCUCUUUGUCGCCAGUGCGCUUCUUCAAUGGAGGCUCUUGCGUCGUGUGUCGUAGUCCUGAAAAAGUCUCAGUAUCCUGAAGCCAAUCCAGAGCUAUGCCUGAAAAUUAGAGCUACAUGUGGUGCAAUGAGCUUGCACUCUGCAAAGGCGCUCAGAGGGCUCUCGUUGGCAGUUCGGACUAUGACUCUACCAUGUCAAACCAACGACAUGUCUACAGCCACCAAAGCUGCAAGUGACUUCAGAACCCAGUUAUCAGAGGAUGCGGCUCUGUUGCAAGUGAUGCAUGCAGCAGUCGUUGCAUCUCUUCUCUCCGACGUAGUUAUUCAGAUCGAGAGAAUUACAGAAUCUACUAGCAAGCUAGCACAGCUUGCCCGCUUCACAAACCCGGAAAGGACUCAAAGUGCUGUGGUUAUCCACAUAGAGGAUUGA